AGCACCCUUCACAGGUAACCUCGAUCACGUGACCCGGACCGGGCUGCUCAUGACGUCACGCCGGCUCUGCCUCGUUCUGGUCAGCUGAUGCUCGCGACCCGGAGGACUCAGAGACAGCAGCACUCCGUUUCAACUGUUUAAACUCAACAUUCUCCCCUUAGUGCAUUGGGUAGAGAGCAGUGCAUUAUGGGGGAGCUGUUUCGCAGUGAGGAGAUGACCCUGGCCCAGCUCUUUCUCCAGUCUGAGUCUGCCUACUGCUGUGUCAGCGAACUGGGGGAGAUUGGCAUGGUGCAGUUCAGAGAUUUGAAUCCCGAUGUCAACGUUUUCCAAAGGAAGUUUGUAAAUGAAGUCCGUCGGUGUGAGGAGAUGGACCGCAAACUAAGAUUUGUUGAGAAGGAAAUCAAAAAGGCCAAUAUACCUGUUGUAGAUACAGGGGAGAAUCCAGAGGUCCCUUUUCCACGAGACAUGAUUGAUUUGGAGGCCACCUUUGAAAAGCUGGAGAAUGAGCUGAAGGAGAUCAACACCAACCAGGAAGCCCUGAAGAAAAACUUCCUGGAGCUGACUGAGCUUAAGCACAUCCUCAGACGAACACAGCAGUUCUUUGAUGAGAUUGACAGGCCAUUCUCUGAAUUCCUGGGCACAUCUCAGCCGCUGGUGAUGAUGUCACACUGCCCUUCCCAAGACCAGUUCUGCAAGAUGGAAGACCCUGCACUUUUGGAAGAGUCGUCAACUCUGCUGGAUCCGAAUGAGGUCGGACGUGCUGCUCCUCUUAGGCUUGGGUUUGUUGCAGGAGUGAUUGGCAGAGAAAGGAUUCCCACAUUUGAGAGGAUGCUGUGGAGAGUUUGUCGUGGAAAUGUCUUCCUGCGACAGGCAGACAUCGAAGACCCACUCGAGGACCCUGCCACAGGAGACCAUGUACACAAGUCUGUGUUCAUCAUUUUCUUCCAGGGAGACCAGCUGAAAAACAGAGUCAAGAAGAUUUGUGAAGGGUUUCGUGCAUCUCUUUACCCCUGUCCUGAGACCCCUCAAGAAAGGAAGGAAAUGGCAGCUGGAGUCAACACUCGAAUUGAUGAUCUCCAGAUGGUGCUGAAUCAGACAGAGGAUCACAGGCAGCGUGUUUUGCAGGCGGCUGCCAAGACUGUCCGAGUAUGGUUCAUCAAGGUCCGGAAGAUGAAAGCCAUUUAUCACACUCUGAACCUCUGCAACAUCGAUGUCACUCAGAAGUGUCUGAUCGCCGAGAUCUGGUGCCCUGUGUCUGAUCUCGACUCCAUUCAGUUUGCCCUGCGUCGGGGCACGGAGAGAAGUGGAUCUACUGUUCCCUCCAUCCUAAACAGAAUGCAGACCAAACAGACCCCGCCCACCUACAACAAAACCAAUAAGUUCACCUCUGGCUUUCAGAGCAUUGUUGAUGCCUACGGCAUUAGCAACUACCGGGAAAUCAACCCAGCUCCAUACACCAUCAUCACCUUCCCCUUCCUGUUCGCGGUCAUGUUCGGUGAUCUGGGUCAUGGUAUACUCAUGACCUGUGCUGCACUUUAUUUGGUACUGCGAGAGAGCCGAUUAAUUGCUCAGAAAAACGACAGUGAGAUGUUUAACAUGAUUUUUGCGGGCCGUUACAUUAUUCUCCUGAUGGGAAUAUUUUCAGUGUAUACUGGGAUUAUCUACAAUGACUGUUUCUCCAAAUCUCUCAAUGUCUUUGGCUCGGGCUGGAGUGUCAGGCCCAUGUUUGGAGAGAGAGGAGGCAACUGGACGCCGGCGACACUUAGGGAUAAUCACGUAUUACAGCUGGACCCUGCUGUUGCAAAAGUGUUUACUGGACCCUAUCCAGUCGGCAUUGACCCAAUCUGGAACAUUGCCACCAAUAAACUGACCUUUCUGAACUCCUUCAAGAUGAAGAUGUCGAUAAUUCUAGGAGUCAUCCACAUGACGUUUGGAGUUACUCUCAGUCUUUUCAAUCACCUGUACUUCAAAAAGCCUCUGAACAUCUACCUGGGUUUUAUUCCUGAGAUCAUCUUCAUGGUCAGUCUGUUUGGCUACCUGGUGUUGCUCAUCUUUUAUAAGUGGUUGGCCUACGAUGCCAAGAGCUCAAAAGAAGCCCCCAGUCUUCUAAUAACCUUCAUCAACAUGUGCCUCUUCAGUUACAACGAUCCCACCAACAAGCCAUUUUACACGGGACAGGUUGUAAUUCAGUGUCUGCUAGUUAUUACAGCUCUCGCCUGUGUACCGUGUAUGCUCAUAGUAAAGACACUAGUAAUGCGCAGGCAGUACCUCUGGAGAAGGCAUCUGGGAACGCAGAACUUUGGAGGAAUCCGUGUGGGUAACGGCCCCACAGAGGAUGAAGCUGAGAUCAUCCAACAUGACCAGCUCUCCCAAAACUUAGAAGAAGAAUCGCCUGAGCAGACAGAGGAGGAAGUGUUUAAUUUUGCAGACGUUGCAGUGCAUCAAGCCAUUCACACUAUAGAGUACUGCUUAGGCUGCAUCUCAAAUACUGCCUCUUAUCUACGGCUUUGGGCGUUGAGUCUGGCCCAUGCGCAACUCUCUGAGGUCUUGUGGACAAUGGUGAUGCACAUGGGUCUGGCUUCUAGGAAUUUUGGUGGAUUCUUUGCGCUGUCAAUCAUCUUUGCCUUCUUUGCUACACUGACAGUGUUUAUUCUGUUGAUCAUGGAAGGGCUGUCUGCCUUCCUUCACGCUCUCAGAUUGCAUUGGGUGGAGUUCCAGAAUAAAUUCUACACUGGACAGGGCUUCAAGUUCAUGCCUUUUACGUUUGACAGCAUCUUGGAGGGCAAGUUUGAAGACUAAACCACACCCACGUUCUCUCUGCCACACCUCCAAACCACAGGAGCCCAUCAGAUUGCUUGUGAGAUUUCAUGAUUCUUGUGAACACUGUGACUUUAAGGCUCUAAAUUUCUCAGGUGUUCUACAUCAGGACAUAAAUGGAAUAAUUUGCAAGCAGGUAGAUGUAAUGUUAGAUGUAGAUGUUAGUUGAAGCUGAAAAUAAUCGGAGCUAGAACCGCGUAACAUAUUUGCAAUGAUUGCGUAACUUUGUAAAAUUCUUGCAGCAGUAUGUGUUGAUGUGUAAUAAUACAAACUCAAGUGGUGUUUCCAUACAACACGUAUGAGUUCAAACAGCAUGUUUUGUUCUCAUAAGAGCCUCAUAAAUUUGUACUCUUCAAUCAAGGCAAAAUAUCAAUACAGUGUCCCUCCCAUUAUAGCAUAGGUGGAGAUUUUGUCUAUAUUUUUUUUUCCAGUCUCUUAAAUUAUUAGUUUGUUUUUUAUGUAUCUUUUAUCCUUUAUGUUGACACAUUUAUAUAAUAGUUCUUAUGCAAAGGGACCUCAUUUCAAAUGCAGCAAAGAAAGCUUCACUUUAAGGUAUUUCACAAGCUUCUGCCGAGAGAAUCUCAUCAAGCAUAUCUGAACAACAGAUGCAGAUAAUCCCCCAGAAUUAUUACAGAUCUAUGCAUUCCUAAGCAGGUAGAAAGUAAUUGUUUUAGUUGACCUUGAAUUGUGUCGCUGUCUUUUUUUUUGUUUGUGUGUUUUGCUAUUGCAAUUUAAAUGCAAAUGCACAUCUAAACUGUUAAUCUCUUGAAUCUGCUGCAGUUCUCAGUUCUGGGUUUUUGAUUGUUGUUUAUGAAUGAGUUUACGACAUGAACAUGCAUUGGUUCCUGAAAAAAAUGUGUUGGUUUGAUAGAUGUCAGAGGGAGUCUUGGAGAAAUUAACUAUACCAAGUAAAAGCAGUAAGUGAAGCUGAAUGAUUAUGUCUGUUUUGUUUGUCAAUAAAGAGUAAAGAGUGGAUCUAUAAA